AAAUGACCAAUGACACGGUGACGGAGGUGGCAAAAUCAAAGACGCAACUCAAUAUUUAUUACUAAAUUCUCUGUCAGUUCUUCCCCGUGAACAUUUUGUUUUCAAUGCAAUUAGUUAAAAUAACCAAGAAAACUAGUAAGUACAACGCCUUCUCUAACAUUCACAAAUAAGAAUUCUGGAGAGGCUUUCAACUCUCAUAGUUGCAGUUAGAGGUAGAUGUGGCAGAAUGUUAAAAUACUGUCUAUGUUUCUAGGAUAAUGGAAGCAGAACCCGUUAAUGUCAUUGAAUUUCGAGAAUUAGCUAGGCAAUCCCUUCCAAAAAUGUACUAUGAUUUCUUCGCUGGAGGAGCAGAGGAUCAAUACACCGUAAAAGAGAAUGAGGAAGCAUUUCACCGAAUCACUAUUCAGCCUAGAAUUCUUCUAGACAUGAGCAGCAUUGAUUUAUCAACUACAGUAUUGGGUUACAAUAUCUCAAUGCCAGUUAUGAUUGCUCCAACUUCUAGGCAUCAGCUGGCAAACCCUUCAGGAGAGAUUGCCACAGCCAGAGCAGCAUCUGCAUGUAACACAAUAAUGGUUUUAUCUAUCUCAUCUACCUGCUCUUUGGAGGAAGUAGCUGCCUGCUGCAAUGCUGUUCGCUUCUUCCAAUUAUGUGUGUAUAAGAGACGGGAUAUAUCAGCUAAGCUGGUGCAAAGAGCUGAAAAUAAUGGAUAUAAGGCUAUUGUCCUAACUGCUGAUUCUUCACGACAUGGUCGAAGGGAGGCAGACAUUAAGAACAAAAUCAUUGUUCCUGAAUUGAAGAAUCUGGAAGGUCUAUUAUCAACUAAGAUUGUCAAUGAUGAAGGUUUAAAUUUAGAAGCUAUGGCCAAUUGGAUCCGUGAUCCUUCUUUUUGUUGGGAGGAUAUCGGAUGGUUGAAAUCUAUUACAAAAUUGCCAAUUCUGAUCAAAGGGGUUCUCACUCAUGAAGAUGCAAUAAAGGCACUGGAAGUUGGUGCUGCUGGGAUUAUUGUCUCCAAUCAUGGAGGUCGUCAGCUGGAUUAUUGUCCUCCCACGAUUUCUGUUCUGGAAGAGGUGGUUCAUGCUGUUGGUGGAAAAGUUCCAGUUUUCCUUGAUGGAGGAGUGCGGCGAGGAACGGAUGUUUUCAAGGCAAUAGCUCUUGGUGCACAAGCUGUCCUAGUUGGAAGGCCAGUGAUCUAUGGACUUGCAGCAAAGGGGGAAUAUGGAGUCAGACGAGUCCUUGAAAUGCUUAAGGAUGAGCUUGAACUUACCAUGACCCUUUCUGGUUGUUCUAGUGUGAAGGAAAUUACUAGGAGCCAUGUCAGAACCAAGCAUGACCAGAAGCUUCUAUCUAUGCUUUAAUGGUAUCCAGUAGAGAAAAUCAAACAUAUGUCGUGCAGAUCGAUAUAGAAGUGUCGUAGAAUCCUUAUCGUAUCAUGGUUGCUACUGAGAAUGAGACGUUGUAGUAGUCUAAAUUAACACUAUCGUACCCUACUUUUAUUAAUUGAAACUCGUGAAUGAUAUAUUUUGUUGCUUUCCUUGACUCGUGAUGGUACUCAAUAUUGCA